CAAAUUACAGCUAUGGAAUGAAGCUGGGACUCUUUGCCUUACAGAGCAUUUGUAUUUUCCCCAGCUAAGACCAUCGGAAAGAUUCCUCCUGUGGGCUUGCAUCAUGGAGGCUAGCAGUCAAUCCAGCAGCCAACAGAUUCUGUGGAAAGAUGUUGAGGUGGGAAAAGAGAAGAAGGCCAAGUAUCAUACCUACCAGCGAGUGGCUCUGGUUCUGGCUCUGGUCUUCCUUGUUUUGGCUCUCUGUGUUUUCAGCCUGAGAUAUCUGUGGACCCCCAGUCUGGGGAAGGUUUAUGACCAUCAGUACAAAGCUGUGUUGGAUGGUGUAGAGACAGACAGUAUGAUGGAGAUUGACCCAGGUCAGCGCAUUGAGAUCUUCAGAAUGGGAAAUGGGAGUGAGGAGAUACUUGAGGUGCACGACUUCAAAAAUGGAAUCACUGGGAUCCGGUUUGCCGAACAUCAGAGGUGCUACAUCAGGACCCAAACUAGAAAACUACCCGCAGUGGCAGAGGUGGAGGCUGAGGACACAGAGUUACUGCAGGUGGAUGAGACUGAGGCCAUGGAUAUGAAGGUGGAGGACUCCCAAGUGUGGGUUCCUGCCGAGGAGCCCAUCGUUAACCCAUCCUUCCUCUUCGACUCCAAGAUCUGGGAGAUUUGCCAGGAGCUGCCCAUCCACUGGAUCCAUCCCUCCCUUCUGAGCGAUGCUGAGGUGGAAAAUGUGGACACACCCGACGCAGAGGUCACAGGUCAGCGCUUCACCCGCGACGUCCAGGACCACCUUGCCGUAAACGACUAUAGAGACGUUGGAAUCGAGCUGGAUAACCGUCUGGAUGACAACGGCUACUGCUGCCAGCACUGUCGCCGUGGUUACCACUACUGCCGCCGCUAUCACGAGCCCCUGGGUGGCUUCAACCCAUGGCCAUACUACUAUCAAGGAGGCCGGGUCAUCUGCCAGGUUGUCAUGCCAUGCAACUGGUGGAUCGCCCGUAUGCUAGGGAGGAUCUGAGGAGGGCGUGUGCUGUCUGGGAUUUAAACUGUUUAUGUCGUUGUAGCUGCAAAUUCUCCCUUCGAUAAAUAUUCCAGACCACUUGUGAGACCAAAGCAGUCUAUUGCACACAAUUAUUAUCCAAUCUGAAAGUUGGGCCAUUGAGUAUUUGUCAGGCUAAACAGUCUAAAUGGCAUUUGAAGCAUUUUGAUUCUUUCUUAAAAGGCAUUGGUCGUUUACAGCUGUCUAAUUUUCUUUGCUCAUCUACUCAUUUAGUAUUCAUACUAUUUGAUCCUAUUGAAUGGUUGCAAUUUAGUUUGGAAGAUGUCACCAGAAACUAAUCUGCUCUAAAAAAUACUUCAGCACUGUCUGUCCUUACUUUGUCAUGCUUUCAUUUUUGACUUUAUGGGCUAAAAUACUUGUUCUACUAAUACUGUAAUGUAUGAAACUAUACAUACAGUAUAUACACAUAUAUAUAUAUAUAUAUAUAUAUAUAUAUAUAUAUAUAUAUAUAUAUAUAUAUAUAUAUAUAUAUAUAUAUAUAUAUAUAUAUAUAUAUAUAUAUAUACACACACACAAUCUGAGUGGUGCUAUCACAUUAGCCAUUUAACUAAAUAUAUACAUAUAUACAUUUUAGUUUUUUGUAAAACUUUUAGUUUCUUUAUUAUUGCUGAUAUAAUUAGCAGAUAAAAUCCCUUCCCAUACCCACCACAAGAUCUCACACACCAUGUUAAAAAUUAUGUAAAACUAAAAUAUAGUAUGUAAAGACUCCAGACACCAGAUGGAAAAUAUAAUAUUCACAUGCAAUUAGAACACUAAAUGCAAUACAUUAAAAUUAUGGCCAAAUGAGGGAAAGAAACAAAUAAGCAAAGAUAAUAAUACUAACAUGCAAGUACAGAAUUAGAAGAAGCCACAUGUAUUAUACUGUAACACUUAUUUAAUCUGUUUUUGGUAUCAUGUUAAACUAAGGAGGUACAGUAUGAUUAAAGACGCACAGACCCCUCAGUUGUCUUUUGUGAUGUAGUUACUGUUGUGUUAUCCUCCAUUGUUUUCCCUGUUUUUGCAAUCCACAAAAUGCUUUAAAUAGUGCUACUGUUCAAACAGUUUCUUCUUUGCUGAGGCGAUUUUAAUCUGUAACACCACAUCUCAAUCUGUCAAGCUGAAAUAACUCUCAUCUGCAACUAACAGAUAAGCAAGCGAGAUAGGCAUUUGUAAUUGAUGUUCUGUCAUCAGAAUAACAAGGUGUUAUGUGAGAUAUUCAAAAGACAAAAAUGGAGCACUUUCGUUGUCAUAAUUUGCUUUGAAGCCUUCUGUAUGUUUCUAUCUCCUUCCUUAUUUUUUUCCAAUUAAAAUUUCAUUGUAUGAAUAAUCUCAGUUGUCCUAUCAUAUGAAACAAUACAAUUUCCUUGAAAGAAACUUAAUAGUGUUUGUGUGAAAACUGAUGUAGUGUGGGUUUGAAUCUGACUCAUGCAAUCCAUGGAAUAGACAGACCUCCUUCCGUCUUCUCCAUUAGUCCCAUUGCUCAUUAGCAAAAACAUUUAGCAUCAAAUUAAACAUCUUGACGAGACAAACUAGACAUAUGCUUUUAUUGUUUCUAUUUUAUAACCUAUUUCUAUUUGAAACUCUCUUGUGUAUCUGAUGCAUAAUAAUGCAUUGUUUAUGCCUGCUAAGUAAAUCUUGAUGCUGACUCAUGUUGGCUCAGUGUAAUAAUAAUGUCAGUGAUAUCAAUAAUAUUUGGCAGUGAAAUGGAUUUUGUGAAAAAGAGGGCAAAACAUAUUACUGUAUGUAAAUGUUUUAUGGAUAUACUUAUGAAUGGUGAUCAGACUGAAACCACAUUGUUAUUUUUAAAUCAAUAAUGUCAAUAGCCCAAAGCAACACGUCAAGUAAAAAAUAGUGCCAUGAGUUAGCAAAUGCAAUAAUUGCAAACAUACUUCAAAUAAACUGACAAGUGUACCACAAAGCCCCCUAGGCAUUUCUGAAAAGUUCAUAAAAUCAGUGUUUAUAUAAUUCAUUUCUCACUAUUCCCUGCUUAUCACAUCAAAUAGUCAAGUGUUUAUUAAAACAGAUGCAGUCACCAUGCUGGUGUUGCUGCUGCUGCUGUUGUUGUAGAGCUUUUGCACUCACAAUGUUGGGAAAUAGUGUAAAGUGUUAUUUUUCAUAAGAUGCUGUUAGUUGUCUAUCUGGCGAGGUCUCUGAGGACUCUGAGGACUCUUUUGUGUAGUCGUGAGAAUAAAUUGCCAUGGAAGCCCUGAGAGUCGUUCUGAAUGGGAUGGUUCACCCUGACUGGAGAGGCUGAUACUGAUAUUACAGCUGGCUCCCUGAGAGCUCCUCAUGCCUGUUGGGACAAAAGUCCAAUAUUAACCAUGAAAGUCAAACUUUAAAGCACAGACAAUUAGAAAUCAUCAUGGAGGAGACCCAGAAAGACACUGGAUGGUGGUGAUACUGUAGUUGCACCUAUAUGAGAGCAAAAAAAUUGAUCACAGUCCAGUUGUUGCAUGCUAAAAUGUGCAUCCGCGUCUUGGUAUCCAAUACACAAAUCACCAGAGGUCUUUGAAAGCAUCUUGAGGAGUUGAAUCUAAUCUACAGCUUAUGAAGCUGUUUGCAUUAAGCUCUUAUUGUUUUUUAGAGUGUCUCAUGAUGUAAAUAAUGUGAUGUUAAGUAAAUUAAUGUGGCUUAGUUAACGGGAUAUCUCUGCAAACAGAGUCAGUGGAGUGUAGCUUCAAAAAUAUGUUUUUCCUCUGAAAAUGCAAAAAACUUGAACUACACAAAAUCAAAUGAUCUUUGAUUAUUAGUCUAGGGGUUUUAAUACUCCUACUAUAUAAAUUAAGGUUAGUUUGCAUUCCUACCACGUAUAGUGUGGUUCAAUACUAUCGACAUUAGAUAUGAGGCAAAUCUAUGAGUCUGUGACAGUGAACUCCUCCCUUGUAGACCAGAAUGAAAGAAUAUCAUUUCAAAUGAAGCCCUGCUUUUUGUUCUCAUGCAUUUCAUACACUGUCUAGGAAAACCCCCUCCAGCAUUUGUUUAUCACUGUUUUGAUGAGGAGAGGAAACAAGAUCGACUAGUCUGCAGGAUAAACAGAGAUACCGAGCGUCUACCAGGUUAGCACAGUUCAAAGGAUUUUGCCUACCUGGCCUGAGGAAUGGGCACUAUCAUUGAGGCUCACAAGAGAAUGAAUUCCUUUUGUUACUUAUCAAAAAAUGCAGGGGAAAAAACUUCACUCCCAGCUGCUUAUUUUCAUUUCAAAUAAUCGCUCAUUCAUUUAGAUCCAUGAGUUGCUAUUCUGGGGUGGAGGAGAGUGAAAACCAAUGUAUGAGAAGUGUCUGUAUUUAGAUUAGUGACCUGAAGGAAUAUUUCUCUGCAAUUCAGACUGAGGCACAGGCUCUGCUGAGGACACGUGUAUUACCAGUGCCAUCUUGUGUAGAGAGAGGUGUACUGCUGCAAUAUCAAACCAGACGUUGUUUUUUUCACAAUUUGUAUGAUUUUUUGACAUGUUAAAACCACGCUACACUUGCUGUCCUCAAAUACUUGCAUCUAUGUAAAAACCCUCAAAUUUUAAAAUGGUCUAUUUAGAUUUAACGUUGGCUGCAGGUUGUCAAGUUAACAGUUUGCAUAUAGCUGCAAUGGCCAUGAGAUUGCAGUCAUCAACUCAUUUUCUCUGUAACAUUGCAGUCAGUCUGGUGACCUGAUGGUUAAAUAAGCUCUCCCUGUACUGUUCCUGCUACAGGCUGGAGGCACAAUAAUGUCAGCCGUCAUCCUUCAACUGCUCCCACUGUGAGAGGCAGCAUGGCACAGCAGUAAACACUCGCGCUGUGUCAGUGGCUGCAGGCGACACAGAAAUAGUCCUCCUCUCCCAGGACCCGACUCUCACUCCAUCUUCAGGGACUCUGACUCACUAACCAAAGGAAUAGCACAGACAUAACGGCUGCUAGUAGCCUUUCAUUAUUUUAGUAAUCCAUAACAACCUCCGCUUACCAUAUGGCAGACGAUCGAUGAACCACUGAACAGAAAAGCAAAGUGUCUGUUUAGAUGUAAUGGAGGGUUGUUUGUUGCUGAAUGUGGAGCUUGUGCGAUGAUUUCAGAUGCCUUUCAACCUAUUUUCCCAUCUGCAAAAAAAAAAAGUCUCAGGAAGAUGUUUGCUAGAGUGAAAUUUGUAUUGGUGGCUAUGGCUGAACCCCUGGACUUUUUCUGUGUGUGAGUGAGUGAGUGAGUGAGAGAGAGAGAAAGAGAGAGAGUGUUAAUGUGUGUUAACCCUAUGGCAAGAUUGCAUUGUGUGGUACAGAGCUGUGCAUGUGGGUGUAAACUGAGCUAGGCACAGUAGGCAAGCCAUGCUGCCAGACAGCUUCCUCAACACCACGACCCUGAACACACACACACACACACACACACACACACACACAUAGUCCAUCCAAGCCAAUGCAACUCCCCAACACACACACACACACACGCACACACAAACACAUCAACAUAACACAUGCUCUAACAGAAUCAAUCCAAGUCAGUGUAACCCUUCCACAGCCUAAACACACACACACACUCUGCAAGCUGUGGUGACAGACUCAGCUGUCUUCAGCUCUGGGCAUGUCACAUGCUAAUGUAUUCAUCCACCCACAACAACUGGAGAAGCAGCGCUCUUAAGUACAGUCCAAUCAGUCUCUGGCCUGCUAAUGGCUCCAAUCCAGUUUCCAACAGUAGCUUUUUCUUUCUCUUCUAUGUGGUUGAAUGUCCCUCAAAGCUGCAACAACUCAACAAUAAGACUUCAAGGCAGAAAUACUUAAUUUUCAUUAUCUUAACAGUAGAAAUUAAUUGACUUAGUAACCCCUUGCAAGCUAUUUGUUUCCACAUUUAAUUGUGUUGUUUUUUGUGUCACAUUUUAUCUGUGCCUCACACAAUUUCAAAACCACUUUGUCUGCAACACAACAACAAAUAAAGAGGAUAUUCGGUGAAGAAGAUUGUUUUUAAUUAGUACAUUGACUUUUUCUUAAAAAUCUAUUCUACGUUCAGCAUAAGGGAGGCAAUUGACAACCCAAGGCAAGAGAAGCAACAAAACAUAAGCAGCGGACAUACCUCAACAUCUCACAGACAACAGUGGAAAACGUAGGGCAGAUAAAGGAAUACAUACAACGGCCAAAAAAAAGCAGCAAAUCCCCACUCAAAGACUGACAGAUUUCAAUUCAAAUGUAACCCAGUGUAAUUAUUGAUUGUCAAAAAGUUGCAUAAGCAUGCACUUAAACAAUAAGUAUACAUUCAGAGUGUCUUUGCAGACCCAGAGCCCUUUGGCUGAUGUGGGGUUGUAAAGCAGCGUUUAACUCCUGUCCCUAGGUGUCAGUGCGGAUGGAGGUCAGUAUGUCUGAAUGUCCUCACUCUGCAGCUACAGUCCGGGUGGAAAAUACACCCAAUUUGGCUGUGAUACCACUCAGGAUCAAUGUGGCUUCAUCUACGGCAGAACCGAGGGCCCAAUCGGAUGGCUGGCCUGAGAGGUCCUUAACAAAGUGGGGCAGCAAAUAAAGAAGACACCGACUCGACUGACAGAAGAGGAAGAGUAGAGAGGAGAGUAGAGGAAAGGAGAGGAGGGUGAGAGGAAAGGGAGAGAAAAGGAGCGGUGAGGGAGAGGAGACGAGGCGAGAGGAGAUGAGGGGAGAGAUGAGGAGAGAAGAGAAGAAAGGAAGAGGAGAGGAGCUUUAAAAUCAGAAGUGGUACAUUUUUGUACCAAAUAACUAAAGAAACUUGAGAUAUGACAGACUGAUUGAUUACACUGAUACUUUAUGCAGUACACAGAACAUAAUAGUUUUGAAUGCCUAGUCCCUACUGCUUGAGUGGUGAAAAACGUAAAGAGGUAUGUCUGCUGAAAAGAAGGAAACAAAGCACAUUCAGUACAUGUUUAAAUCAGACACACAACAGGGGAUAUCUACAAUAAGAGAAUAAUGAUGCCGCACUGAGCACUCAAGU